UAGUGACACUUUCCGGUGCUGGGUUUUCAAAAUAAGGGUAGAAGGUUUGCAAAACACGUGUGUUUUGACUCAAUCGAUGGUUUGAAAAUGUAAAAAACGGAAGUAUAAAGAUUUAAUAUUGUGUUGUAUCUAUCUAAUAAUGAGUAUAAGCAAUUUAUCGAAAGCUGCCCUUUCUCUAAGAUUUUUAUUUUGUCUGUAUCCGGUGGGUGCGGUUAAAAAGUCGUCCGGUGGAAACGAUCGGCUACACAGUUCCAAGGUGGAGGCUCUUUCCCCCAGAUAAAAAAACAACUUGACCAUUUUAACCCGACUUUAUAAUCAUCUGCAUGUUGCGGGUUUAAUUAUGUGCUAAAACUAUAACGGCACCGUGAUAAAACACAAAUAAGAGAAAGUAGUUCACUCUCUGUUUUACGUUACUGCACUGGAAAGAACAACAUGGCGGUGUCCUUGAGCAGCGUGAGGCUCCUGAGCGCUUUAACCAGGUCCGGCUCAUUGUGCCGAUCCCUCCACGUCACUGCAGUGUGCUGCAAGAAUCGAGCAGCUCGCCCCCGAGUGGGGAAAGGAGACUAUCCUUUGACCUACGAGGAAGCACUUCCACCUCAUUACAUUGGUCACCGCAAAGGAUGGCUGUCGCAGCACACCAGUAACCUCAAAGGGGAGGAGGGAGCAGCCGAACGGACCGUAGAGGAUGUGUUCAUAAGGCGCUUCGUGUCCGGGACCUUCCACAACUGCCUGGCCAACGAGAUCGUGAUCAAACGGCGCGGCAACGUGAUCAUAGUGUGCGCUAUAUUGAUACAGAAAUUAACGCCGCAAAAGUUUUACUUCUUAAUCGGCUAUACGGAGGCGAUGCUGUCGCACUUAUACAAAUGCCCCUUCAAGCUCGUUGUCCAGACCCUGGAUAAAAAGGCGGUGUACAAGUACCUGUGAGUUAGAUUUCCCUUUCUGUCUCCAUUCCUGCUCAGAGAUGCUGUUCUCUGCUUUCAGUUACCCCCAAAAUGGACAUUUAUCAAGAAAUGAAUCCUCAGAAUGAAACGAGAUACAAUCAUAUGUGUGUCAUUGUAACAUCAGGCCUGAAAUUGUUUAAUAAAUGCAGUAAGAACACUG